AUGGAAGUUUUGAACUGGAAGAACUGGGAACGUGAUCUGCAGGCGGUGCCAGAGGAGGGGAGCAGCGGGCCCGUCCCUCCGCGCCUCGGUGAGGGGGACGAGGACAAGGAGCGCCGCCAGACCCUCUCCGGCCGCCUUCGCCGGAGGAGGAGCGGCAGGACGGGCAGCAGCAGGGUCCGCUCGCAGCCUCCGAGACAGAAGAAAACAGUCCAUGCUGUGACAGAGCUGGAGAGCACCAAGGCCUGCAGCCGGGCUGGGAAGCCUUUCCUGUGCCCCUCCCCUCCCACAGAGGAGCUCCAGCUGUUCUGUGAGCAGUGUGAGCAGCCCGUGUGCCGGGAGUGCGUUCUGCGCAGACACCGUCAGCACCCCUUUGACUUCACCAGCAGUGCCAUCCACAAGCAUGGGGACGCCCUGCGGGAGCUGCUACAGAGCAGCCAGCAGCACAUGGACACCCUGGAGGAUGUGCUGAGCCAGGCUGAUGAGGUGGGCAGUGCUGUCCGCAGUCACGCAGAAGCUGUGGCCACAGAGAUCUGCCUGUUUGCCAGGGGCUAUGUGAAUGCAAUUGAAGAGCACCGAGAGCAGCUGCUGAAGCAGCUGGAGGACUUGAAGGUGCAGAUGGAAAACCUGCUGCACUUGCAGAAGGCCCAGCUGCAGCAGCUGCUGCUGGACAUGAGGGCAGGCGUGGAAUUCACAGAGCACUUGCUGAUGAGUGGCUCAGAUGUGGAGAUCCUCAUCACCAAAGGGGUGGUGUCCAGCUGUCUGACAAAGCUCACCAGCACUGCUUAUAGCACCCACCCCAGUGUGGAUGAUAGGAUCCAGUUCUCUCCUCACAAGAGGGCAGGGCAGUGUUGCGGCUAUGAAGUUUUUAGGGCCAUCCUCAAUAAAGUGGUUGAUCCAGCCAGAUGUACCCUGCAUGGGGAGGUAAUGUGGUGCUUUCUCCACAGUGCCCGUCAGAACCAGCUGAGUGGCUUUACCCUGCUGUGCAAGAGCACUACAGGGGAGCACAUGGGGCAGGGAGGAGAGGCUGUCUGGGUCACCAUCACCCACAAGGACAAGAGGGACUGUACAGUCAAGCCAACAGUGUGUGAUAAUGGUGAUGGGACCUACUGUAUUUCCUACAGACCUGGGGAGCCAGGCUUGUAUGCUGUCUGCGUCUAUGUGAAAGGGCAACAUGUACAGGGCUCUCCCUUUACUCUGAUGGUGAAGCACAAGUUCCAUGAACACCGUGGGGUAUUUCACUGCUGCACGUUCUGCUCCAGCAGAGGCCAGAAAGCCGCUCGCUGUGCCUGUGGUGGGACCAUGCCAGGUGGAUACCAAGGCUGUGGCCACGGGCACAAAGAUCACCCUGUGCCACCAUGGUCAUGCUGUGGGCAAGUGAAGGAGAGCUCAGAGUGUUUGUGUGAGCCACCCAACAACACCUCACAGAGGAGUUUGCUCAGGACAGUGGCACUCUGAGCAGCCAGGUGAGCUCCUGGGAGUUCAGGGCACUGCUACUGGCUGCUCCAGAAGCACAAAUGAUUGAUCCCUGCAUAGCCUUGCUGCCAGCAAACAGUGUGAUGGGUGUGAGUUGAGCGGGGGGGUGAGGGAAAAUAAAACUGUGGCUUAUGUUCCA